GUUUCGCUACACACAUACAAAAAAAAUUAAUGAAAUUCAUUAUCAUAGUUUUGACAACUUUGCUUUCAGCUGAAAUUGGGCAUAAUAGAAGAAAAAUUACUGAAAACCAUGAUACGUUUUAUUCUUAUACAAAAUCGCGCUGGGAAGACCCGCUUAGCCAAGUGGUAUAUGAAUUUCGAUGAUGACGAGAAGCAAAAACUAAUUGAGGAGGUACAUGCAGUGGUGACAGUUCGAGAUGCAAAACAUACUAAUUUUGUUGAGUUCCGUAACUUCAAGAUUGUCUACCGUCGUUACGCUGGUCUCUAUUUCUGCAUAUGUGUCGAUGUUAACGACAACAACUUGUGCUAUUUGGAAGCUAUACAUAAUUUCGUAGAAGUUCUUAAUGAAUAUUUCCACAAUGUUUGUGAAUUGGAUUUGGUGUUUAACUUUUAUAAAGUUUACACAGUAGUUGAUGAAAUGUUCUUAGCUGGCGAAAUUCGAGAAACAUCACAAACAAAGGUUCUGAAACAAUUAUUAACGCUCAACUCACUGGAAUAAAAAUCUGUUGCCGUCUAUGCAUUCCAUUUUAUAUUUUUAUUAUAUUCCAAAAACGUUGAUAAGAGCUCAAUACUAAACUGGUCCGAUGGUUACCAAGAUAAAUGAGUAAGGGCGUAAUUGUAUUCAUCGGUUCUCGAAUUUCUUUUCAUAUGUAAUCUUUCAUUAUUAUCACAUUGCUCUUUUUAGCAAAGUAAUUAGUAUUUGUUGAAGUGCUUGUAAAGUUAUUGUAAAAAUAAUGUAAGUAAACGUGUAUUACGACUAUGAUUACACUCAACCUCACACUGAUAUUCAAAUAAAGAAAUAUAAGUUAAUAAAAUACAUAUAUUUAAAUUAUGUUAACCGAAA